AUGUAUACAGGACUGACAAUCUGAGAAGAUAGUCAUUUAUUCCGUGUUAUUUAAAAUAGAUUAAUUACACGCUUCCGUUCAGCCGUACGUACGUGACCGAGCACGAAGAGGCGAACCGGAUAUACGAGGUUAGAGAUAAAAGCGACGAGGGGUGAUGAGUAGAACGAAGACGACCUUCCGGAGAUUUAACUCCGCAGUAAAUCGUCACCUGUGUCGGAUAUAAGGCGAUCCAUUUAGAACGAAAUACACGAGUUCACUUUUGAUGCUAUUCUAGGCAAUUGGGUCUGCUUUAAGACAAGCCGAUAAAACGAUAUUGAAUAUCUAAUUAUUUAGAUAGUCUUACGACGGCGAUAUAAUUCGCGAUUCGAUACUGCGAAGCUACAAGUAAACAUAGUAAAUCAUUGAGUCUUGAUUUAACAUCGAUGUAUUAAUCGAAUAAGAAUCGCCAAGAUUGUUGAACGUGAAAAGUACGUUCUUUUGUUAUACCAACUUCCUACGUAAUUGCAUGAUAGAGGCGAUGAGAUGUUUGAGAACAUUUCGAGUGUUUCUCGAGACGUUUUAUAUUGACGCGGAAAAUCUUUUAAAUCGUUUUCACCGGAGAGACGUCAAACGCCCAUUCGAAGUCACCCGAAGCGAUUCUUUCAAGUCGCGAAAGAAUCAAUAGACUCUACUUGAAAAGCACGGUAACGUGGUAUAAUUCCUUCGAGCGGCGAGAGAACACGAAGAGGGUGGGAACCACGGUUUCGGCGGUCUAUUGUGUGAAAUUUAUUUCGUUUCUUUGAGAUUUCACGGGAAGCACGGUUGCCUCUCGCUCCGGAAGGUCGCUCCGCCAUAACUGCGCAAGGGAUCGAAGACGACCGAGGGAGAUGCGCGAAUUACAUCUCGGAAUGAAAAUGAACACAAUAAUGCUCAAUAUAUUUAGCGGACAAUACUCUGGGGGGAAAAAAGACAGCAACCCAUUUUGGGGCCCACAAUUAGUAAUGGAAUUAUUUGGAUUGUUCGUAACUCUACUCUGGGAAAAAUUUUCACCGAUUUUUCUUGUAGUUGAGCGACUUAACAUUUCGGUUAGUGCCACUUGAGUGAAAAUUAUAUUUGCGUUACUGAAUGUCGGCAGAACUAAUUGAGGGAAUUGAUUAGUAAUAUUACUUAAAAAUCUUGGAUGUAGAUAGAAUUGCUAGUUGCGAUUUUGAGUUACGCGGGAUAAAAUUUGUAAAAGAUUAGAGUGUUACGAACAAUCCAAAUAAUUCGAUUACUAAUUGUGGGCUCUCGAAUGGACUGCUGUUUUUUUUCCUAGAGUAACAGUGUUGAAAUCUCCAUAGUAAAAAGGAGAUGCGAAAGCGCGACGGAGAGUGCACUUUGCACGUCUCCAUCAGAUUAUUCGGUACGUGAACUCCAAAUAUAUUUGGCCGCGAUAUCGACACCGAGGUCCCUGAUUUAGCCAUCCGUAGGUGAGUGACGUCUGACAGAGGAACGAGGAAAAUAACGAGCGGAGCAGAAAUAGAGGAAGCGCCUCUCGAGCGCGGCGAUGAGACCGCUUUCGCGACGAGCGUCACGGUUGUCGCUAAAAGUUUGUCAAUAUACGAGCGGCCAGCUGUUACUGUUACGCCAUUACCGGCGCCUGCAGUCACGACAUUGCAUUUAUUUCGCCCGUCCAGCCCGGAAAUGUGCGACAGCGGUGAGGACGUGUCAGAAGUGCAAGAUACUUUUUUCCAAUUCCCGCAUUACGGCACUCAGCUGAAUGCGUUUCCGUUCCUUUUUCUCCCAUUUUUUUCCCCCUCGCACUUGCCGAGGAGAGACGACGGAGUUGGCGCGCAAGACGGGCUGAAAGAGCCGCCGGCUUGCGGUUGUAGGGUCACCGAAGGGAGGUGGAGACGUGCCGCCUGAGGUUGAGGUAGGACCGAAACUUGCGCCGGCAGCGGCUGGUUCUCAAAGGAGAGCGGACGGCACUCGCGAGACGACCUGAUCUCCUCGAGGGUCAAAGGCUUGACCCUUUUUUUAAUUGCGUCCAGAGGCAUAGAUGAGAUACGAAGUUGGGAAUCAUGCUCCCUGCCAUGCACACAGUGGGCGAGCUGUGGCCAGGAUUCAACGGAAAUUACACGCAAAAGGGGCAACGAGACACGCGCGGCCUUACAAUAUUUCGAAGAGGAAUGAAAAAUGUGCGCCGAAAUCGCGUCAUUGCAGCGUCUGAUCAUUCUCGAACAAGAAGGGAGCACGUAAUGAUCAAAAUGGACAUGUUCCUGCUCGCGCACCGCGGCUAAAAUUGUCAAAGUUAAAUGUGUUGAGAAAAACAUGGAAUAUAUUUCACGUGGACGAAACCUGCUUCGUUUUGGGGUAAGAUCAACUGCUUUCAUCAAGACGUCUACUACAUUCUAAGUAGCCGAUCCAAGUGCUAGUUAUGCAGCAGACUGCCCUUAGGGACAGGGUGGGAAGCGCGAUAGCAAGACGAGAAACUGAUGCACUCAACGCGCGCGUGGAGCAAAUGCUGGGACGGUACGCCCCUUCUUUCCACCAGGGAGUAUCUUGUAACGUCGUCAGAGUAGCAGAAUUGUUGGCUGGAAUGGGGUAGCUCGCGAAAUAGUCCCAUAAUAAAUCGGCCUGAGCUCUCUGGAAGCGGCGAGUCGCGCGUUGUCGUAGUUUGAUAAAGUUUGCAAACCCUCCUCGGAGUUUGUUGGUUCAAUAUAUAAUUAUGAUUGAGCGCAGAGAGAGAGAGAGAGAGAGAGAGAGAGAGAGAGAGAGAGAGAGAGAGAGAGAGAGAGAGAGAGAGAAAGGAGCGGAGGGAGGAUGGGGGAUAACGCUGAGAGUUGAUAUUAUUUAUACAGAGUAAUCUGGCGAGGUAGAUUGCUCUUUCUAGACCACUUAGACCGAGAUUUGCGCAAUUUUCGAGCAAUGUGUACGCUUGAUUACGGCAAACGGACGCGUUUCCGAUGUUUUACGUCAGUUAAAUUAGGAAUAAAAAAAGAAAGAAUUACGAUCACACAAGGGACUGCGAAUAACGUUCGGUCAAAAUGUAAAGCUCUUGCUUUAGCCGCGUCGGUCGCGAGCUCGUUAGAUAGACUAGUGGAACUUUGCUGUAGACACACGAUAUAGGCAGCAUUCUAUUUUUAGUCUAUUUUUUUUCUCACGAGAAUUGAGUACGUAUCUAACAAUAAGUAAACUUAGGAUGACAGACCGAUUGACGGACGUCAGAUUAUCGUGACUCGCGAUUAACUGUUUCCCCAUCGAUAUCUAUCUUUUCGAAAGACCCCGAGAACACGGAUGCGGCCGAUCUGCAGAGGAAGCUGGAAAUGCUGAACAACAUGAUGGACCAGGAGGCGCGGGCCGAACAGGCACGAAGGCAGAUAUUGUACAAUAUAGGCCACUCGGGAUACUCGGAGGACUCUGACUACACGUCGGAUUUGAAUUAUCCAGUAGGUGGGCAGGGCGCGAACAGCUCGGCCUCGCAGUUUCGCACGGCGGCCAACCAAUUGACUACACCUCAGAGGUCCCUCGAGACAUCGAGAGAAAAUAGUUACGAGAGAGACGAUCAUCAGAUUCCAGUCACCGUCGGUGGGAGGCUGGCACCUGGUAAUUACGGGAGUUACGUAGGCUCGGGUCACAGUCCGAGAUACGACGAGCCAUAUCCGGAGGAUGGUCUACCGCAGCGGUACUUGCAGACUCAGCAGCAUCCUUCAGAGUCUUCCGAGCCACUCUUCUACAACAGUAGACCGAAGCACUACAAGGAAUACAGACGACGGAAGCACACAUGGGAUUACGAGGACAGCCAAGACGGCUGGUACAGCGAGGGUACAUACGAUUAUCAUGGCUCGAGGGGCGAUGAUACGAGAAUUUAUAGCGAUACUGAAUAUUACGCAAACAACACGACGUCUACCACAAGAAGACCGAGAGGAAAAGCAGUCCCGUACAGAAGACCGUCUCUGGAGAGACAGAUGACCCUAUACGACGAUCACUCGUAUUACGCUGAUGGAUAUAGCAGCGACGGUAGGGUGGGUAAAAUGAGCGCCACGUAUCCGGAAUGCGAGACGGAUAUUAGGUAUAACGAAUACUACGACACCAUAACGGGAUACGUCUAUCAGGAUGAGAGAUAUGGCCAGGACGACGAGGACAGGCAGUGGGACAGUGGAGGGAAACGAGGCUUCGGAAGUACGUAUUAUGAGAAUAAACGAAACCGAAAGACGCUUCCGCAGAGGCCGGCUUCGAGCAUCGGUAUACACCGGCCGGAUUACAGACCCACCGUUACCCGACAGCGUAGCUAUGAAUCGGAAGAACUUGACUAUAACGGAUAUAAUACUCGUCGCCGGAAGAUCUUGCAGCCGCAGCAACGUCCGAUGUCGCGGCAGGAGGGUGGCACCGGUAAGAAACUACCUCCGACCCCGACCAAACCGAGCAACGUGGUGAUCAGCCGUAAGCUCGCCUCUCUGCCCGCCACGCCGAGCAGACAACUGCCAAAGACCAGAACGCCCUCCGAGGAGAGCUACUACAAAUCCGAUUAUAACGAGGACUAUAAUUACGCUUAUCGUAGUCAGGACAAUCUGCCGCAGGACACGUAUACGGAGAACAUUUACAGCCAACAGCAGAGCGGCCAGACCGACUCCGUUAACAAGACUCGGUAUCCCGAGAUAAAUCAGGAUAAUCAGUACGGCUACGCGACGCAGGCCGAUGACCAGUAUGGUCAGUCGUUUCCGGAGCAACAUGUGCAGAACAGCUACGAACAGACAACGUACACGCAACAGAACUCGUACAAGGACGAGUACCAGCAACCUUUCGUGCAGCAGAACACCCAGGCGUAUCAGGAAGAGUAUCUGGACACGACAUAUCCAGUCGCCAGCCAGGCGAACGAUCAACAGUACGCGAAUCAGGCGAAGAAUCAAUACGACAAGCCUGAUGGUAUGGUAAUCGAGGAUAAUUAUCACGAGAUGGGCUUCAAUCAGAACAACGUUGAGUACCAACAGCCGGAAUACAAGCAACAGGACGUUUAUCAAGAGCAAUACGACGAUUACGGUGUUACGACCACCGUGCCGACGAGCGUUUACGAUCAAAAUAACGUCACGAACACCUAUAAUCAGUAUCAGCCGCAACAGUAUGAUUCCCAGUACAAUAUUAAUACGUCGACCGAUUAUCAGAAGACUUAUCAAGAGACGUAUAAUCAAGUGCCUGUUACGUCGCAGGAUAAUUAUCAGGAAUCCUAUACCAAGCCGCAGGAAGAUUUCGUAGACUAUCAAACUCCGUAUAGUAAACAGAAUGACGUGCCUACGACGUAUAAGAACAAUUACCAAGAAACUUAUCAAGAUUAUCAGGAGUCGUACGACGAGUAUCCAGACUCGUAUCAGGGGUCCUUUGAGGAACAGCAGCGUUACAAGGAGGGCUCGGUGACGGCGACGGACAGAAGACAGAGCGAAGUGCCUGAGCUAUCCGUGACCACGCCGCGAGGUCAGACGAGAACGAACGGUUAUCCGUCAAGCGAGUCGGACUACCUCUAUCAGUCUCAAGAAAAUGAGGAUGCGUUGAGCAGUUCGAGAAGAAAGAAGCUCAGCGGCAAGCGUGAGACCAGCCCGCUUCUUCAGCAGAAUACGGACUCGCUCGAGUCGAGGGACGAUGAGCUGAAGGACUCGUUCGAGACCGCCGUGAGCUCCGUCGCCAGCAGUCAACUCGCCAAGAAGGCGUACAGCGAGUACUCGACAGCGGGUGACUCGAGUCCCGCGCCCGCCACCUUGGUGGAGUCUCCUCAGAAUGUCGCUCAAUCACAGGCGACGACGCUGGUGAAUCACGUGACGAUAGCCAAUCACGUAACCACUACCGCGAUGGUCCACACCACGACGAAUCUCGUGAACGGGAAACGACCGUUAGCCAGAACGGAUUCCUACCAGGAGGACGUUAUCGAGGACGAAGAUUAUCCAGAGAUCAUCCCUAAAGAUAUGCAGCGAAAGGAUUCGCAGAUGUCUCACCAGAGUCAGCACUCUCAGUCGACGCUCUCGCAGAAACCGAGGCUCACGAGAGGGGACUCUUACAUCUCGGAUAACUACGCCGAGGAAUCUUACAGUCGUAGAGGAUCGUACGCUCAACUGCCUAGGAAGGAUUCCUUCUCGUCGACCACCGAAGUAUUCAAACCACCUCUCACCAGGACCGAUUCGUAUCAGCAGAGAGACCUGCGAGGUAGCAAUUACGGGCACAACUUCACGCCGCAGCCCAUUUCCAGAGCGGAGAGCUACCAACGCGGUCACUUCAAGGAUCAGGAGUCGAUAGAUCAGAGCGAUAUCGUUCUGAGCAGCGCAGUGAACGGUGACUACCAGAUGCGGGACGAGACUCUCGAGAGGUACGAACGGGGCGAGGAAGCCUUGCUUCGUAACUCUCGAGAGGACUCACUGGUCGAGCAGUACAAGGGGACUCCGCCUAUGUCGCAUAUCGACAGCCCACGCGGGAGUAUAAUAAAGCAGGCGUCGUUAGACGAAAGCGUUCAGAUGGACACUCCGCCGAGAAGUCCGCCGGAGCCGCCGGCCGACGAGGAACUUCUCGGGAUGGUCGGGGUCACGCCGGUGCCCACGCAACUGAAGGAACGUCCAGAGAUGACGGCGAGGCAGCGGUGGCACUGGGCGUACAAUCAGAUCAUCAUGCAGCUAAACGUGAGUAUUGCAAUUUUGUCAAUCGCCCCGAUAAUUGUAUUGAUGCGACAUGCGACAUUGCCGAUUGCGACAGGUGAGUCCUAUUUUCGCACAAUGCUCUGCCAUUAAUCAUUAUUAUAUCAAAAUACGUGUCUUAUUACAAUGGCAAUAGACGUUUGCCAUCGAAAAUUCCCAAUAAAUGGGAAUAAAGAAGGUAUGGGCUGUGUUGUUAAAAACUGUCUCUGAUUAUCGGUGAAAGUAUCAAUGAAUGAUACAGAGCAAAGCUUGACUUCCUCUGCGUAAAAUAUUUUUAUUGCAGAAGACUUUAUAAGAUAAUUAUAGGAUGAUCAUAGGUUAAUCGUAGGAUAAUCAUAGGAUAAUUCUAGGAUUGUUAUAGAUGCUCGUAAGUUGUUUUUAUUGAAUCGACUCGAGUAUUACAAGUGUGAAAUGUAAUGAGAAAAUACGAUUUACCUUUGCCACCAUUGCCGCACAUCUUCCUUCCGUUAUACUCAUUGAAAUCCCAGAAAUGCACUCCAACCACCGUCUGCGAUUACGAUCGGAACAAUCGGCGUUUAAGCGUGUGUAAAGCUUGACGACCACGACGGGCAUUAGAAUAUAUCGGUCGAGAGUGCACGGAGAAAUGUGUGAAUGCAUAGACGUGAGUGUAUGUGCGUCAAACGAAGCAAGGCCAGCGAUUAAAUAUUCAUGAGACGUGGCGCAAUAUGCCUGAUAUUUACUUUUAUCGCAGAAACUUUUUUUUUAUCGCUAGUAAUACUGGCUAUUCGCCAUGAGAAUCGUAACGAUUUUACAGUUUUAAAAUCGUUGGAAAAUUUAUGGUCGCACGUGCGAAAUGAUUCGCACUGGAUUUUUAUAAUCCGCACUGUUUCGAUAACUUUCUAACAGCAUUGGUUAGUUAAACCUCUUGGAAGAACUGGAUUUUAAUUGUGAUAGUGCUGAACAUUGAUUGUAGAAUAAAACCGCGAUUUAAUAUUGGUUUAGCAGCUUGGAACGAGUCGGCGGUCUGGGUAUAGGAAAGAGGAAGAUAAACUAAGAAAAUAUUGACGAACAUUGAAAGGGAUCGUCGAUAGUUUGGUCCUAAAGUGCUCGCGCAGUUCUGAAAGGGGUUAACAGUGUCGUGUGACCGUCGUUCGCUUAAAUAGUUUCGAAAUUCGAUACACAUUCGGAGGGUUGCGUGCACAUCGACCGAAACCGAUAAAAUCCGCAUUUUCUUCGCGUUACUUUGAGAGUUGCCUCCACCUUUUGUAUGCUCGCCAUGAGUGAGCGUCCCUGAUAUAUGUAUAUCCGUCCUUUUAUAUUGCGAGAAGAAAAGACGGAUAUAUAACAACACGAAAGGCAGUAU